CCAGAGCGCAGCGGCUGCCCCGGUUCAGGGGGGCGACCCCCACCCCGCCCGGUGCCCAGCCCCUGGCCCCUGCUUGCCCUCCAGACCGUCGCCGCCGCCGCUGCCGGAGUCCGCCUGCUGCGGGACGCACUAUCCCUCUCUCCAUGGAGUUCGGCCUGCUCAGCGAGGCGGAGGCCCGGAGCCCUGCCCUGUCGCUGUCAGACUCCGGCACUCCGCAUCCACCGCUCGCAGAGCACGGCUGCAAGGGCCAGGAGCACAGCGACUCAGAGAAGGCCUCGACUUCCCUGCCGGGCGGCUCCCCAGAAGACAACUCGCUAAAGAAGAAGCAGCGGCGGCAGCGCACACACUUCACCAGUCAACAGUUGCAAGAGCUGGAGGCGACCUUCCAGAGAAACCGCUACCCAGACAUGAGCACGCGCGAGGAGAUUGCCGUUUGGACCAACCUCACCGAAGCCCGCGUGCGGGUGUGGUUCAAGAACCGGCGGGCCAAGUGGCGCAAGCGCGAGCGCAGCCAGCAGGCGGAGCUGUGCAAAGGCGGGUUCGCGGCGCCGCUGGGGGGUCUAGUACCGCCCUACGAGGAGGUGUACCCCGGAUACUCGUAUGGCAACUGGCCGCCCAAGGCUCUUGCCCCACCGCUAGCCGCCAAAACCUUCCCGUUCGCCUUCAAUUCGGUCAAUGUGGGGCCUCUGGCUUCGCAGCCCGUUUUCUCGCCACCCAGCUCGAUCGCUGCCUCCAUGGUGCCCUCGGCCGCGGCCGCCCCGGGCACCGUGCCAGGACCCGGGGCCCUGCAAGGCCUGGGUGGGGGCCCCCCCGGGCUGGCUCCAGCCGCUGUGUCCUCCGGGGCAGUGUCCUGCCCUUACGCCUCGGCCGCUGCGGCCGCAGCAGCAGCCGCCUCUUCCCCCUACGUAUAUCGGGACCCGUGUAACUCGAGCUUGGCCAGUUUGCGGCUCAAGGCUAAACAACACGCCUCUUUCAGUUACCCCACCGUGCCCGGGCCGCCCCCGGCCGCCAACCUCAGUCCGUGCCAGUAUGCUGUGGAACGGCCGGUAUGAGCGGCCCGGCCUGGGUAUCACCCCCAAGGGCGGCGGCGAUUGUUCACAGCCUCCCCGGACUGGGGUCAUCUUCUCUGGCUUGACCCCGCCCCCGAGUCUGAGACGAGCGCUUGGACACCUAGGGAACUGCCUGCUCAGAAGAGGGCUUCCCCCUCCCAACCCUGAGGUGGGGCUGGGUCCAACACACAGACCGCAGCACCCUUGGGACUAAGGCCAGGAACCAACUCAACCCCAGGGGCCAAUUCACCCUUGGCCUAUCCCGCUUUCUCCAGAAUCCCUCCGUUUUCAAAGAUAAAUCAAAUAAACUUACGCGGACUGUCAAAA